AUGCAGUUUACAAUGCCAAAGGAUUUGCCUGCUUGUCCCCCUCACUCCGUUUUCCAGUGGUACAAGCACUCCGCCGGCUACGCGCCUGCCUCCGGCAACGCCAACAGCUCUGUCGAGACCGUUCCGUACAGUAAACGCUGCGGCAAAGAACUACACCCACCGACACCAGCGCUCACCCUCCCGUUCCCUCCAAACUCACAUGAGGGAAGGCGCCUACGUCGUGAACAGUUCUGCAAGCGCUACGCGACUGACAAGGCUGACUUUGAGCAGCGUCUAGCUGCACACAAAAUUCAACAGGCGCACGAACGGAUCCUCGCCAGAUCGUCAAAGCCGACACUCGAGCAGCAUUUCGCUGCCAUCCCACCGGUAACACACACGCCAAUCGCCCCAAAGCCAAUAUUCAUUGACUUCGACAAGCACACUCCCAUUGACCUCGUCCGCAUCUUCACACUGAAGUUCAACAGCACGCUUAAAUGCCUCGAUGUCUUCAAGACUCUCGAGCUCGACGAUCUCAACUUCGACAGAGUCCGCAAUCUCUGCCAACUCAUCGAGCAGCUCACAUGCAUCAAGCGCUGCCUAGCGGACAUCUGCAACGUUGUCAAGUAUGAGGGGUGGCAUAAGUGGGAAUUAGGGUGCAGAGAAAUAGGGGAUAUCUCGUUCAAAGGGCUACACAAGAACAAAGCCCAGAUUGUACAAGCGCUCAGCACAGUUUACGUGAACGGAUAUUUUGAUGCAGUUAGGUUUUACGAGAACAAGUAG